AUGGAGGGGAGCGGCGGCAACUGGAGGCCGGCGCAAUCGGACGGCUCCGGCAUAACCAUGGACGCGGCGGCCUCCGGGGACUGGAGGUCGCAGCUCCAGCCGGACGCCCGGUCACGGAUCGUCAACAAGAUGUUAGGCCUUCUGCUUUUUGCCUUCUCCUUCCGCCGUCUCGUUUUGGUGCCCUCGGCCGAUGGGUAUUCGUCGGUUUUUUCACGUUCCCGCUUAUCUCGGAUGGUAAACAAGUCGAUCUGUUAGUACCGUUGAGCUUUUUUCUCCGGGACGGUCGUGCGGGCAAUUCGGCCCGUCCGACGUCGCGUAGACGGGCAUCUGCAGAGUUGUUUUAUGUUGUGUUCGGGUUGUGUAAACUUCGUCGUGGUUUUCUUUCGAGCUAACUUAUUUUAAGGUUUGGAACUUUCUUUAAGGGGUACAAUGGGGCUGCCUUGGCUACUAAUUAUGGGUACUUUCUUGAUUCUCGCUGUGUUCAUGGAAAUUCCUAAAAUAUAGGGUUGCUGUUUUUAAUCACCGAACUGGCAACUUUGUAAGCUUUCAGAUUUGAACUCUAUUCGUGAUCCCAGAACGUCAAUAGACCUCUUCAUCCGAGGGUAAGAGAAUUUCGGCUGGGCCACUGGGGUGGGUAGGGGCGUGUAUUUUUUCUGGGUCUUAUCAGAAUAUCAUUGUCACUUUAGGCUUGGGUUCCUCGUCAGUCAAAAAUCACAACCGUAAGUAACGGUGAAUCUGUGUUUUGGAAGAGUAAUUUUAUCCCUCAGUAGAACGAUCUUAAGUUCUGUCGAGGAGUUCCUUGGAAGUGUGAUGGUGGUUUUGGUUUCGGUUGGGUGUUUUGCCAAUUCUUGAGGAAUGACUUUCUAUUCUGCCUUGAGACUGAUUUACAGAAACGAGAAAUAAUGUGGGCAUUGGAUUAUGGAUUUUUUUCACACAUCGAUUUUGAUAUAUAUAUAUAUAUAUAUUUAUUUGCUGCCAUUCAGUAAAAAUCAGUACUCUUCCUUUUCCCCGGAAUUUUCCGUAUCAAUCUUGUCUUGGUCAUGCUUUUCCAGCUGCUUUGCUUCUCUCUUUGCCUUGGUGUUACUCUCUGAUCUUGUGACCAUAAGAUCCCGUACUUGAUAUGUUCAGAAGGGGAUUACCUUAUGUGUAGAUGUUUUCUAUGCCCCUAGUUCGCUUAGUUUGUUUAACGUUGAUUGCUAUAGAUGUCACUUGAUCGAAAUUUGGACAUGAUGAUCGAUCAGAGACUAGAGAUCCAUAACUUAGUGCAUAAACUUGAGGUUGGCCAUUGUAGUCUACAUGUAUCUUGCCUUAGAUCCAUUUACAAACAAAUUGGAUUAUCUAGCCUUAGUCAGGCUAUUUAGAAACGUAGAAAACAGGUAUAGUCUGGAGCAUGGAUUAAUUGGGGAACAAUGAUGGAAUCGCCAUUAAAGUAUAGUCCACUUGAUCAUUUUGUGAUCAUCCCACUUUUGAGAGAGGUAUUUACAGAUAUCUAAGCUGUUUCAAGGUAGAGCAUUAAUGAACAUCAAGGUCGUAAACAGUCACAGCUUGAACCAUGAGUGAAUGGGUCCAACCAAAUUCGGAAUGUUGAUACGGUUCUAUCAUUCUUAUUUUCUUGCUGAUUGGAGGUUGGCAUGAUUCUGACAUUCUGUGGGGCGCAUGAUUUCGCUCAAUUCUCAGUCCACCUUUCAGAUAUGGUGCAAGAUCUUGUAUAACUUUACUUUAGUAAUUUGCUCAAUUUUACGUCUUGAUCUUUUGUUUCCUGUUUUUUCCAUGAGCAACGUUCUAAUUGGUGAAAUUAUCGGGUCUUCUUUCUCUGAUGCAGAAUGGAUACUCUACAAAGACACAUACCAGUUUAUGGGCCAGACAAUUUAGGAGAAUUGAGGAAAAUUGCCAUGCGAUUUGAGGAGAAAAUUUUUACUGCAUCCUCAAACCAGGUUCCUUCUUGGACGUUUUACGAUAUUUUGUGUAAUUCAUGUUGUGGAAUCUCCUUUCUUCAUUAAGAAAGGUAUCUUAGAUGUCCGUUUCAUGAAAUCGUUUUCUUUUGUUGGAAAAGUCAGGCCUGGGAACUAAAGCGAAUGUGAUUACUAUGGUGAUAUUAGCACGUGGCAUCUUGUUUGUAUAUUUUUCCUGCUUUCGGGCAUAAUGAUCCUUGAUCACAUGGGGGAUUAUUUCUUGUCCAAUUUUCAUUGAUAAUAAAACCUCAAACUCCCAUUUACGUCAAAUAAGUCUGCCCAAUCUUUGAGACAUUUUAGGCCCACAUGGGUAGCACAAUUAGUGUGGCUGUUGAAGGAUCAUAUUUCUUUUGAUAAUCAUUAGAAUAUUUUCAGGAGGAUGAUGUGGGCUAUUUCAUGCCUAAUACUGCAUGGAGCAUAGGGAUUCAGUUAACCUGCCACUUUCUCUCAGUGAUAAGAGGACGAUUUCGUUAGUGGCCUGGGUCCGUAUGGACCAGUCGUUUUCUAAGUCUUAUAUAAGACUUGAACCUUACAGAGCUUGUCGUCCUUCUAUUCAAUAUGUGAUAAUUAGUCUUUUCUGGGAACCUUUUUAUUUAACCCAAUCUGAGAUUUAUUCCUUGAAUUGGCUUUUCCUAUUUGUUUCCUGUACAGACGGAUUAUCUCAGGAAGAUAUCACUAAAAAUGCUUACAAUGGAAUCAAAGACCCAAAACCCAGGCGGUACCAAUCAAAUGGCAUCAAAUCCCUCAAACCAGAAUACUCCAGAAGGUAUGAAAAUGAACUAAUUAGUUGUCUCGCAAUUUUCAAAUAUCAUGCUGACGAAGAAAUCAAACAUGCUUAUGCUUUAGCUGCCAUGGUGCAUUGUUUUUUUGGAUGACGUUAUUAUUCUGCAUGAGACUUGGACUUCUGUACCAGCUUCUAAAAAUGUUUAAAUCCUCAAGCAGAUGAAUGAAUCCUUUCAAAUAGUUGUGAAAAUUCUCUUUGUUGCCUUGAUUUCAUGGAAACAUUACUGAUAUGUAGGAUUUUUAAUACAAGUUCAACAAGUAAAAAACAUUGUCAUUCAUGUUACCAAAGGGUCAACAAGAAGGGUGGAGUCAUAUGAGAUAAUUUGAAAGGUAAGUGAUUUGUAAAUUAGUUACAUAUUUCUCUAUCAAAAGGUGAUAUUUAUACUUUCGUGAUUUAAGAUACUACAUAAUGUACCCAUAACAAUAUACUUCAUGUUUGAUGCAGUCUAUAUUCUAAGUACCUGAUUUUUAUUCGUAUAUUAUCUACCCAUUCGUGGUUUUAAUACUAUUUUGAUAUAAUGCUCUACUGCCACUGUAUGAGAUGGGAAUAACUAGGUGUUUGAAGUUGCAUGUACCUCGGAGCCACAUUUCGGGUGAUUUGUUUGGCUUUUUCUCAGAGUGACAAAAAUACCACAUGCUUCGUAAUUUUACAUUUUUCAGGUUUUAUAUCAUCAUCGUCUGUCUUCCCGUCAAAAUGCUCUUUUAUCUUUGUUGUACAGUUAUUGGUGAUAUUUUUUCCAGAUGUCAACGAGGCUUGUUAAAGAAAAUUAUUCUUUUUUUGUCAAUAGGAUCACAUGUUUUACAGACACAGGUGCAAAACACAGGGCAGUCACUACAAAUUCCUUUGGCAGGUCAGUCUCAAACGCGGCAGCAAUCGCUAGCACCAGGCAUUCAAAAUAACUUGACAUCUACUGUGGUACAAGGCUCAGCUAGUUUGGCACCUAUGGUGCCGUCUGUUAAUGGACUUGGUCAAUCAAUGUCAAGCAUUGGCCAGACAUCAAACUUGCAAACAAUGUCUGCAAUUUCGCAGAACUUGGUCAAUAGUGCUGGGCAAAGUAUACCACCCAGCAUUUAUGGCAAUUCACAGAGACAGAUUCAGGGAAAACAACAGCAGCAACCUCAUGUUUCCCAGCAACAUCAACAGCAGUCACAAAAUCCACAUUUAUAUCCGCAGCAAUUACAGCAACAACAAAUGUUGAAGGCAAAGAUGCAACACAACUCCCACUCCCUCUUGCAAUCACAGAUGCAGCAGCAACAGCAGCAGCAGCAGCAGCAGCAGCAACAACAACAACAGCAACAGCAGCAGCAAUCCUUACUGUCAGCAUCUCAAAUGCAGACUCCUCAGCAACCUGUCAUGCAAAUGUCUAGUCUGCAAUCAAGUCAAACUAGUCUUCAGCAAGGUCAGCCUCAAGUAAUGCAGUCCGUCACCCACUCUGGGCAUCAUCAGAAUCAGCCAAAUCUAUUACAGCAGUCUUCGUCUAGUUUGCUUCAGCAGCAUCCACAUGCAGUUCUCAGACAACAACAAUCACAGCCAUCUACUGGUCUUUCUCAGGCAUCCUCUCUCCAGCAACAGCCUGCUUCAAUAUCCCAGCAAUCUGUAAUGCCACUGCAGCAGCAGCAACAGCAACAACAGCAGCAGCAGCAGCAGCAGCAACAACAACAACAACAGCAACAACUGCUGGGGAACCAAUCAAAUAUGUCUAAUUUGCAACAGAAUCAACUUCUUGGUCAGCAGAACAGUAUAUCUGACAUACAGCAACAGCGAAGGCUGGCAGUCCAACAGAACAAUCUCAUGAGCAUGCAGCAGCCACAACAGAUGCUCAAUCAGCAGAACAUGUCCUUGCACCAGCAGGUGGUCCCGCAAAGCAGCAUGUCAGGGUUGCAGCAGCUGCAGUCACAACAACAACUACAGCAGCAGUCGCAGCUACUGGGAUCACAAUCUAACAUACCAAACAUGCAUCAGCAACAUCAUACAAUGCACGUUAUGCAGUCACAGAAAGCUACUGCGCAGCAGCAGCCUCAGCAACAACCUCAGCAGACAGGUACAUCAUUGAUGCAAUCACAGGGACAACAGCCCCAAGCACAUCCAGCUCAGCAACAACAUAUGCCCCAGAUUCAGAACCAGCCCGUGCAGCUUCAACAGCAAAUGCCGAUGCAGCAGCAGGGAAAUCCCUUACAAAGAGAAAUGCAACAGAUACAACAAAAAUUACAAGCGCCCAAUGUCUUGCUUCAGCCGCAAAAUACAUUUGAACAACAGAAACCAAUGUAUCAGUCUCAAAGAGGCCUACCAGAAGCCUCCUCAAGUAAGACGUUAUGGUUGUAUUGCUUGUUAAUGAUUUUACACAUAACUGAUGAGUAUUUGUUACGGGUUACUGGAAAUAGGUGGAAACACUUAAUUAAAGUCCUUUGUCCCUUUUCUGCCGUCUUAUACCUGUAGCUACCACAAUCUUUCCGAACACCACAAUGUUUUCUUAGGGGAGAAAUAUUUUUUAUUAUUUAUCAUCCUUGGUUGGGAUCAUCCAUAUGCCAUGCCUAAACCGACCAGUCUAAUGGAAAAAAAACUGUGGAAAUCAACUUUCCAUAAACAUGUUUCGUUUCUUUAAAAUUUUCUGGUUGAAGAUGCUAGCCCUUUCCCUCUAUUUUCAUGGAGUCUAGAUGUCCUCUGUCAAGGUACAUCUUCUCUCUUUUCCUUUUUUUCCUUAGUUUGACGUUUCAUUAAAUGGUCUUGCCUUUAUUGAGUUUUAUAGCUGAACCGGAUUUUUCAGAAAAGAUGGUUCUUCUCCGGAAUUGGUUUGUACUUCUUCAUUCAGUUCUGUUGAUAAUAAGUUUAAUCAUCACGUAAUCUGUGCCGCUACUGAGUGACAUUAAAAUGUUUGUUGUUUUCAUGUUCAUUGGACAUGGUGCUGAUGAAUGGGAGUCAGUUAGGAAUGAAUAUUGAGAAGAAGAAAUUCAGGCCGCAGUACUUGUAAAAUAUGACUAUAGGGUGCUAUUUUGCUGGUCAUCAAUGAACAAUGUAUUUUUUUUUUUAUAUGCUUUGAAAAUUAUGCAAACAUGCAGUUGGCUAUCUAGCAGAGAGAGUGAUUUUGGGAGCUCCUCUCUCUUUUUGUUGUGUGCAUCUUGAUAUUCAUCUGCAGCUGUCUACCUAUAGGACUCCCGUUGUCUCAUCUGCCUUUUUGUUUUGUUAUUCCCGCAGGUCCUCUCUUUAGUCCACUAAAAAAAGGCAGAUCAGAUCUCCUUUUUGGUUUCUCCAUUUGUAUCUUUGUGCAUUGCUUGGUGUACCCAGGGGACAUUAAUUGUAGUUUAUGGAUUCCAGUCAAGUGGUUGCAGAGACGUAUUGAACUUUGGGAUGUUAAGUGGUACCUAUGAUUUGAAUGAUGAUUUGGAUCAUACAAACAACGGUAAACAACUUUAGGGUAGGCGCUUAUUUAGAUGUAGAGACGCUCUUGGAAACUCCCAGGGUACCGACAGAGGGGUAGUUAUUAAUAGGAUUGUGAAAACUUCCAAUCUUUGGGGCUCUUCACUUACCGAUCCACUAUUCUGGCAAUAUUGAAUAAGGCGUUUGUGCUAGAUGUUGGUCAACCGUUCAUUCUGUUAUUGCCAACCAGUUUUUCAAUAUGAUCUCUCUGAAAAGGCAUGGUUACCAUGACAAAUUAAUUUACGGACUUUCUGGCACCUUUUUUUUUUUUGCAGAUUCAAUGGAUUCUACUGCUCAAACGAACCAACAAGGUCCAGAUUGGCAGGAGGAGAUAUACCAAAAGGUAACUUCUAUAAUCGUGUCUUUUCUGAUUGGCACAAGUAAAUUCCACAAAGAAAAGUCUGUGUGAAGAAAAUAAAUAAUAAGCUAUAAUUAAAAUGGUAUUUUCAUAAUAUUAUUAAUUUUAUUUCAAUAUGAAAUCUACUGAUUUUAUAAUAUGAUUAUGGCGCUACUAUAUAGUUCAGUAGAAAAUUCAUUCUCGAUUCUCAUUCUGAUCAAUAAUUUGGCUGUAAAAUUUUAAUUUUUCUUCAGAAAACUUUUAUUUCGUCACUUUCUGGGCAUUGGGUUCCAUGAAAAUAUUUGAGUAAUUUUAUAUUUAAUCUUUUAAUAUUUUAACUUUUCAUAAUUUAGUCUACUUAGUAUGUUUCCAAUUUGGUCAAUUAACAUUAUUUCUCGAAACAUUUUCGUUGUAUACACUGUUUCUAUUGUGGUUCACUCUAACAGCUACAGGUGUCAAGUUGAACCUGCGUGCGGUUGUCAUAUAUAGUUUUUUAAUGGUUGUUUGUGGCUUUCAGAUUCAGAGCAUGAGGGAGCUGUACUAUGCAGAUCUUAAUGAGAUACAUCAGAGAAUCAUCCAAAAAUGCCAGCAGGUUUUGAAUUUUAUUUAAAGUGUAGAUCAUUGUCAAACUUUUGCCGAUUCUUGUUGCAUAAGGAUUGGUUUCUCUUUCAUAUAAAACAUUAUUUUGACUUAGCGGUUUUCCAAUGAUUCUUUUACUUGGCCAGCAUGAAUCUUUAAUUCCACCUGGGAAGCAGUCUGAUCAACUGGAUAAUAUGAAAAAGAUUAAGGGCUUGAUGGACCGUUUAUUAGCAUUGUUCCAGAUUCCCAAGAACAAUAUUCAACCUAACCUCAAGGAAAAGUUACCUUACUAUGACAAACAAAUGUUCAAUUUUAUUAAUUCAAACAGAAGAAGAGUUGUCAACCAGCCGGUGCAAGGGCAGCAGCAGUUUCCACAUUCUGGUGGAAACAGCCAAUCCAUGCAACAACCAUCAUCUCAGGCUCCUACACAGCAACAUGAUGGUCAUGGAAGCCAGAUAUCACCACUGGUUGUUCAAGGUUCUGUAACAUCAAUGCAAUCAACAGCUGUGUCGAGCAUGCAAAAUGGAUCCAUGCCUUUGCCAACCCAUGUGGGUGUUCCUUCUACGCAGCAGAAUAUCAUGAAUGCACUGCAGUCUGGAUCGACUAUAGACUCAUCACAAGGAGUUGCCUUGACUUCAUUGCAAGAUGGAGGAUUGGGUUCCAUGCAGCAAGCCAGUGUGGGAUCAUUCCAGCAAACUACUUUCGGUUCAUCUGCUCAGUCAAACAUGCACACGCUAGCUCAGACUAAUAGUGCUAUGCAACAGAACAUUGGUACUCUUCAACAAAACACAACUGUGCUUCAGCAACAUGUGAAGCAGGAGCACCCAUACCAACAACUGAUGCAGUCACAGCAAAUGAAACAACAAAUGCAGCAACGUCAGAUGCAGCAUCAGAAACAACAAAUUCUACAGCAGCAGCCACAAAUGCAACAGCAAUAUCAACAACAGCAAAAGCAGCCGCAAUCUUCUCAGCUGCAGGCACAUCAAAUGCCACAGCUACAUCACAUGAACGAAAUGAAUGAUUUGAAGUCUAGACAGGCUUCUGCCAUCAAAUCAGGACUCUUUCAACAGCAUUUCUCCGGAGCUCAGCGUCAAGCAUAUCAUCAACAAUUAAAACCAGGGGCUUCAUUUCCUAUUUCUUCCCCACAGAACCUACAGGUUCCAUCACCUCAAAUUUCUCAGCAUUCAUCUCCUCAAGUUGAACAAGCUCUCUUAUCAUCCCUACCGAAAGCUGGUACCCCUUUGCAAUCCACAAACUCACCUUUUGUUGUCCCUUCUCCAUCCACACCCCUAGCUCCAUCACCUUUACCAGGAGACCACGAAAAACAAAUGGCUGGUAUCUCCUCUCUGUCAAAUGCACCAAACAUCGGACACCCACAGGCAUCUGUUGCUCCAACUCAGGUUCAACCGUUGGCUGUUGGUACACCUGGUAUUUCAGCUUCACCAUUGCUUGCUGAAUAUAUUGGUUCAGAUGGCAGUCAUGCUAAUGGCCAUGCUGUUGUUUCUGGCAAGUCAAGUGCUACAGAAAAACCUAUUGAACGAUUGGUUAAAGCGGUGAGCUUUUUUAAACCCUUAGUUUCACAUUCUGUUAUCCCCUUUUAAACCUUAGAGUCUUUCUAGCCAGUUAUAUUUUUAUUUUUACAAUUGACAGGUGUGCCCAUGUCAUCUGGUCAUGGUUUUCCUAGAAUAAGCAACUCCUUGCUAACCAUCUACCUCAGAUCUUGUCUUUUUCCUCAAUCGUGGUCAUAAUACCAAUAGGCUUGGGUCCAAAAUAGUCACAAACUAGAAUGGUCCUUGGAAUAAGGCAUUGUGGGCCGAAUACAGAACGAAGAUAUCCUUCAUCCCUAUUAAGGUAGCUUUUAUUAGAAUUGCUAGCUCCUCCAGAAAUAUUUGAAAGAUGCCUGGUUUUUCGACAUAGAUCUGUCUGCAUUAAAUCUCUGCAUGUUCAUAAAUCAUACGUUUUCCCAGAAGGAAAAAAAGAGUUUUUGAUUCAUUAUAAAGCCUCAAUCUCUCAGACUUUCUCUGGUUAGCCUUUUUUCUUUGAUAAAAGCAAUAUUAGUUAUCCUUGGGAAUCCUUUGUUUUAGCCAACGGGUUUGACAUGGAAAGAAAAGACCGGAACCUAAAGAUGAAAUUUUUCUCACUCAAGGAAAUAUAAAUUUCAUGAUACCCACUUAGUUACAUCAUCAAUCUCAGAUAUUAGCUACGAAAGCUGAUGGGUUUCCUAGUGUUUAUAAGAAUCAGAAGGAGGUAUAAUGCAUCACCUGGAAUCUUUAGGUUGUUCUAGAAGCUUUUGAAAGCUGGAAGAUCUGUUAUGCUUUUGCCAGAUUUUUACUGUGCAUCUGUAUACUCCGGUUUUAAUUUUUCUGACGUAGGUUUCUGAGUAGGAUCCACUGGUUUAUCAACCAGAACUCACAGUUUCAGAGGAAUUUAUGUUAUUACUUCUCAAAGCCUCAACUGCAUACCGUGGAUACUGAUUAUGCAUCCAUUACUCCUGUAUUUAUUCCUUGAUUUUGUUCAUGGUCCUCGCUGUGCUACUACGAAAAAAGAGCACAGAAGUUGAAUAAUGCUCAGAAGUUGUCUUUAGUAGCUAUCAAAGUUUCGGAGAAGAAAGAACAAUGGAAUUAUUAAACGCAGUACAUGAUGGAAUAUGUAUCUGAUUCAAUGCCAUUUGCGGCCUGCUUUUCAUUAAUUGGAUCAUUCCUUCAUCUCUCUUUAUUUGGCGAGAAAUUUUUUAACUGAAACAACGCUUUUGGAGUGUAGCAAAAUAUUACUGGAUUAAUACCGUAUUUAUUCAAGAAACCAAGAUGUCAGGGGUACAGGUGCGGAGCUAAGGUAUUUGUGAUAUGGAAAUGGAGGUUGUGGGACUGUGUAGAGGAUAUGGUGAUAAUAUAAUCCGUCAAAGUACACUGAUAGUGAUGGUAAUUCAUGACGCUGUUGAUAUAUCUAUCGUGGAAGAUAAAAGUCAUAUAAUUAAUGAUUCGGAGGGAAUUUCGUUCAAUGAUUGAACACCCGCUUGAGGCUCUCCACUAUGGUGCAUUAGUGUGACUGAGUAUUUUUCUUAGAAAGUGUAUGUUCUUAUAUCAUGUAUGUAUUGCAUUUUCUAUAUUGCUUUAUUCCAUUUUAUCUGUUGUGAAACGGCAAUACUUUAUUGCAUUUUACGCAGAUAUGCAAUAAAAUUCCAAAUUUUCUACAGUUAUGUUCUCACCGAACUCCGGACGACUUUUUUAUAUUUUCAGGUACAGUCCUUGUCACCAACGGUGCUUAGUUCCUCUGUAAGUGAUAUUGGCUCUGUUGUGAGUAUGAUUGACAGGAUAGCUGGAUCGGCACCUGGAAAUGGUUCUCGUGCUGCUAUUGGUGAAGAUUUAGUUGCUAUGACCAAGUGUCGUUUGCAAGCUCGGAGCUUCAUGUCACAAGAUGGAUCUGGUGGCACCAAAAAGAUGAAACGUCACACUAAUGCGAUGCCUCUGAUUGCUGUGUCCUCGGCUGGAAGUGUAAAUGACAGUUUCAGGCGAACAAGUAAUAAUGUGGCUGAAUUAGAGUCGACUGCUACAUCUCGAAUCAAGAGACCGAAGGCCGAGGUAUGCUUUUUUUUUUCCUGUUAUUAUUUUCACCGUAAAUUAUAUGUAUAAGGGCGUAUCUACUCUCUGAGCUUAUCUUGAAUCCUAAGUUGUUAAAAGAAAUAUUUCUAUUCCAACAUCUUGCCACAGAAAUAUUUUCAAUUGCUAAAUUGCUAUGUUCUAUCUAUUAUGAACAUAAUGAAUUUUGUCUGUCUUAAAUGUAGAGAUAUACAUUUGAGAUGAACGUAGAUCUUGUUUAUCUUAAUUUGGCCUCAAAGUGGCAUCAGAUGUAUACAAUGUAUAUCAAUAUAUAGUAUUCUAGCCAACCCCGUGGAUUAUUUUCUUUUUUUUCACCAAUGUAUGACUUAAGGGACGCCUGAGAUCUUAGCCUGUCCACAUGGCUCCAUUUCAGACAAAUGUCCUAAGUAGAUUGUAACGUUUAAACCUGAAAAUAGCAAGCUUGUUGUGAUAUUGGACAUUCAUAAGCACGAGAUUUUACGAGGACUUUAGAAAUGCAGUUAAGUCUUUGAUGCUCGGGGAAUAGGAUACAAGAGAACAUGACCGUGAGGUGUCAAGGAUAUGGAUACCGAGAGGACAAGAGAGAAUGUCUCGAGUAGCAGGAACACUUUAUUGAAGAAAUUCAAUGUAGAUUUAAGCUGUGAUAUUCAACGGCACCCAGGGGUUGCUUGCUAGAGAGUUUCUGGAAUCUGCGGCCUUGGUUUUGUGGACAAACACCUCUCAGAUGCGUUCUCUGGAUGAAGUGGAGAAUUGGGGUUGAGGAAACUGCGAUGCAAGACAAAUAUGUCGAUGGAGGAAGCAACGAUUUGUCCAGAAAUCUUUCUUGUGUGAUAGAGGGGUUAAUUUUUUCAAACAUUGGAGGCCAUCAGUUGUUUAUCUUCCUUUUACCUUUCCACCUCCUGUUGGAUAGUAAUCAGCAGUGCAUAUUGUCAUGGUCUUAUGAACCUCAAUCAGUUAAAAAGAAAUUGUGCCAUUAACAUACAUUACUUAUAGUUCCGCUAGACGAUUAAGACCCAGUGACUAACGUAACAGUAAGUUGAUAAAGUAAGUACAUGGUUAUCUCCUGCAGACUAACCUUUUCGGAAUAUUUGACGGACCCUUUGUUUAUGUGGUGGAUUAAGUCGCAAACUUACCAGAUGCUUACUACUUCAUUUUCACUUCUAACCAUCAGAGACCCUCUUCUCCAUCAAAGUAGAAUAAAAAGUGGGAAAAUGUGAUCCUCACAGUUCUGCCUCAAACGAGAUUCGAUUCGGUUCUUUUUGUGUCAUUUUUUUUGUUUUUGUUCUUUUUCCAAUCGUCCAAUCCAGCAGGCAAAAAGGGGGCAUCAUGCAGGGUACAGUCCAAGUUCGGAUCAGAUUUUUCUAACUAUUCCGUUUGUGGCUGUUAUUAAAUCUGUGAAUCCUGAACGCUUGUCAUCUUGUUCCAUAUCUUCUUGACUGAUAGAACUGACGGAGCUUUCUGCAGGCAAACCAUGCUCUAUUAGAAGAGAUCAGGGAGAUAAACCGGCAACUAAUCGAUUCCGUGUUGGACAUCGCCGAUGAAGACGCUGAUUCGAUCGCAGCCAAGGCGGAAGGCAGCGAAGGAACAGUGGUCAAAUGCUCUUACUGCGCUGUUGCUCUCAGCCCCAGCUUAAAAGCACACUUAGCUUCAGCUCAAGUGGUGAGAUAUAUAUAUAUAUACAUGAAUUCCCUCCGUCCUCGCCGACCUAGAUGGUUACUUUAUCACAGGCAAUUAACUGUUUGUUCCUGCAGUCUCCAAUAUCCCCAUUGCGGCUGCUGGUUCCCUCCAGCUACCCAUACUGCUCCCCGGUGCUUCUGGACAAGAUUCCCGUCGAAGUAAGGUAGGAAGCAGCGCGAGUCUCUCUAAUCUCCGUUCCAAGAGACGGCCGGUUUUGUUCUUCCCUCUCUUACGUUGCUUCUCUGCGAUGAUCAAAUACGCGCAGCAAGGAGUCGCAGGAUCUCUCAGCCAAGGCCAAGUCAAGGUUCGGCAUAUCCCUCCGCAGCCUGUCGCAGCCCAUGUCGCUUAGAGAGAUGGCGAGGACGUGGGACGUCUGCGCCCGCAAAGUCAUAGAGGAGUACGCCCGGCAACAUGGCGGGGGCAGCUUCAGCUCCAGAUACGGCACCUGGGAGAACUGUGUCACCGCUUGA